GGAACUAUGACCUGUUGUCCACACACAUUCAGUGUGUGUCUACUGUCUUGCUGUUUUCAAACUUAUCUUUUCAUUUGUGUUUCAGACCAGCAGCAGUAUUGACAGAGAAAAGGACACAAGGAAAGGAAACAACAAUCUGCAAGAUGUGAAGAGAAAAGGAAAAAUGGAGAGGAAACGGGAGGAGGAGGAGCUGAACAACAGCCUCAAGUCACUGGACCUUUCUUUUAGGUCAACUGUCAGUGAAACAGGCCUGAUUUUUUCUGAAGUCUUCACUCGUCAUAAAAACCUUUGGGAUUCCAGUCAUGUAGAAGGUCCAGACAGAGUUAUGUCCAUUAUGCACGAGCUGGAGAAACAGGAUCUGAUCUCUCACUGUGUCAGGGUGGAGCCCAGAGAGGCUUCCGAAGAUGAGCUGCUACAAGUUCACACAAAGGAGUAUGUGGACCUAAUGAAGUUGACCCAGACAAUGUCAGAGGCUGAACUCAGGAGUCUGUCUGACCAAUACGACAGUGUGUACCUGCAUCCUGAGACGUUUCAGGUGAGUUCGUUGGCCGUGGGUUCAGUUCUACAACUGGUGGACCAAGUGAUGUCCUGUAAACUAAGAAAUGGAUUUGCUGUCAUCAGACCUCCAGGACAUCACGCUCAGUCCAAUUUGGCGAAUGGAUACUCUAUCUUCAACAACAUUGCCAUUGCUGCUCGAUAUGCUCAGAACACACACGGAGUCAAGAGAGUGUUGAUAAUGGAUUGGGACAUUCACCAUGGUCAAGGAAUCCAGUACCAAUUUGAGGAAGACCCAAGUGCUCUUUACUUCAGUAUCCACAGAUACGAGCAGAUGUCCUUCUGGCCUCACCUGCCAGAGUCUGAUAGUAUGUUUGUGGGUAGUGGACGAGGUAAAGGACGAAACAUCAACCUAGCCUGGAACAAGACUCAGAUGAAUGAUUCUGAUUACAUCGCUGCUUUUCAACAACUGCUCCUGCCUGUGGCAUACGAGUUUCAGCCUCAGCUCGUUCUGGUUUCUGCUGGGUUUGAUGCUGCUGUUGGAGAUGUAAAGGGGGAGAUGUGUGUUACUCCUCAGUGUUUCCACAUUCUCACUCACAUGUUGAUGAGUAUUGCUGAAGGUCGACUUGUUCUUGCUCUGGAGGGAGGUUAUAACCUUCAAUCCACAGCAGAGGGCGUGGCAGCCUGUGUCCGAUCUCUCCUUGGAGGGCCCUGUCCACCUCUGGCUCCACCCACUGCUCCGUCUGAUAGUGCACUGCAGUCCAUUAGUCAGACCAUCUCUGCUCAGUGUCCAUACUGGAGCUGUCUGCAGGUGCUGGCUACAACGACAGGCCUGGUUUAUGACGAGCGUAUGAUGGAGCACCUGAACAUGUGGGACAAACAUCAUCCGGAGCAGCCACAGAGAAUCUUCAAGAUAUUCUCCAAACAUCAGAAGCUUGGACUGGUUGAUCGCUGCAAGCGCAUCCCAGUUCGCCUUGCAACAGAGGAGGAGCUUGCCAUGUGUCAUAGUGAGCAACAUGUGCAGCUCAUGGGCUCGACUUCACUGAUGAAGAGCAGAGCCCUACACAGACUCAGUGAAGACUACAACUCCAUCUUUUUGAACAACCAGAGUUUUACCUCUGCUCAGCUCGCUGUUGGAGGCUGUUUCGCCGCCGUAGAUGCCAUUUUGUCUAAAGAAGUGAGUAAUGCCGUGGCCAUUGUCCGUCCUCCGGGUCAUCACGCAGAGCCGGACUCUGCCUGCGGAUUUUGCCUCUUCAACACAGCAGCCUUAGCUGCUCGCCAUGCCCAAAAAAUGACCCAUCCUGAAAAACUGAGGAUCCUUAUUCUGGACUGGGACGUGCAUCAUGGAAACGGGACGCAGCACAUGUUUGAAGAUGAUGACAGUGUCUUGUACAUCUCACUCCAUCGGUAUGACAAUGGGGUGUUUUUCCCCUCUUCAGAAGAUGGUGCCCCCAACAGAGUAGGUGUGGGCAAAGGGGUGGGAUUUAACGUGAAUGUGGCAUGGAGUGGAGGAAGAAUGGGCGACUCUGAUUAUCUGUCUGCCUUUCAUCACGUGGUGAUGCCCAUCGCUACUGAGUUUAACCCUGGCCUUGUUUUGGUGUCAGCCGGCUUUGACGCAGCACGUGGUGACCCACUGGGUGGAUAUAAUGUCACCCCUGAAGGAUAUGCCCACCUGACACACAUGCUGAAGUCUCUGGCAGGAGGGCGUAUCCUGCUCAUCCUGGAGGGUGGCUACAACCUGACCUCCAUCUCUGACUCCAUGACUAUGUGCACCAGCAUGUUGCUCGGAGAUCCUCCACCAUCCCUGGGAACUCCGCUACCCCAUCCUCAUCAUUGUGCCGUGGCAACAAUUAACGAGGUCAUUCGUCACCAUUCACCCUAUUGGAAGUCACUCAGGAUCCAAAUUCCAGCAUCAGUGCGAACAUCACUGCCCGCCCUGAAGCAUCGUGGGAAACGUAGCUCCAAAGGAAAAGACAGGAAGUCAGAGGCAAGCAGCGCGGACAAUACAAUAGACACUCUAGAUCAUCUGACUCAGGGAUUGGCCAGUUUAGACAUCGGUCAGGCCUCACCCAAUCACAGUUCAGUUACAUCCACUCCAGUGCGGGGGUCAAAGGCAGAGGUCUGCCUUAGCCAAGAGGACGUGAAAAAGGAGCCAAAGAAGGCUGAGAGUGAGCAGAGCCAAUCAGAAAAGAACCCUCAGAGUCCGGUGAGUACUUUUUCACGACAAUUUGGUACUGUAGGCAACAGGCAUUCUGGUGAAAUGGAGGGAGCAUGUGGUUGGUCAACAUCUCAGGAACAGGGCUUGUACUUGAUAGACCCUCUGCCCUGGUGUCCCCACCUGGAUGCUGUCCAGCCCCUCCCGCCUUCAGGUGUGGACAUCCAUUUGCCAUGUCAGGACUGCGGCUCAGACAUUGAGAACUGGAUUUGUCUUACCUGUUACCAGGUCUUUUGUGGGCGUUAUGUGAAGGAACACAUGGUGACUCAUGGCUGUGUUACUGAACAUCCUCUGGUGCUCAGCUUUUCUGACCUUUCUGUGUGGUGUUACCCGUGCGAGUCCUACAUCCACCACCAGAUUUUACACGAGGCUAAAAAUGCGGCUCACUUUGCCAAAUUUGGAGUAGAUGUCCCGCCCUGGACCUAAUAGAUGGAGCAGGACAAGGAUAAAGGAGAGGAAGGAAAAAAAGUCAAGUAAAAUUUCCCCUUUGUAAAGCGUAAAGUGGAGUGCCACAUUCAACCUCGUUAUUAUGGAACACAUUUUUUUUACACAUUUAAUGGCAGCUUUUAAUUACCCUUCUCUCCAUCAUACUUUUUUAAAAAUCAUGGUGCACAAAAGAGCCACCUCUAAAGGUAACGGAGAAAAGAAGAUAGUGUAAUAAUUACAGUUGCAUUCACCAUGUUUAAAGAUUAUUAAUGUUUGUUAUUAACUGUUGUUUCAGAACAACAACAAAAAAAAAGUAAGUUGUAUUUUUUUUCCAACCCUGAUCUUUUCUUUACAAAAUAAAUAAAAGAAUUAGCAGGAAAAGCAACUUGUUUGUCUAACAGCUAUUAGAAUCACAGGAUGAAAAUUGAAUGGAUGGAAGGAAAGUGAACUACUACUACACACCACUGCGCACAACGAAAUGUGACCUCUGUUUUUAACCUGUUACCAUAUUGAGCAGGUUAAGUGUAGGGAUGGUGCCAUGCUCAGAGCACCUCAGUGGUGACUUGAACCUGAAAACUCCCAGAUGCAAGUCCACGUCCUUAACCACCAGCCAUCACUGCCCCUGAAGAAACAGUGAUUUGUUUUGCAUGUUAAAACAGCAUUUCCGGGACCUCUGUGUGGCAUGCAGAUUUUUAUGGUUGUUUAAUUGUUAAAAUUAUUAUUAUUAUUAUUAAACUUUGUUUAACCAGGA